AUGGAACUUUUUCAUUUUCUUUCAGGUGGUCCUCAUACUAUUAGUUAUACAUCUACUAUUUUAGAAAAUAAUCAGGAAGUGAUAAAAGAUCUAAUAUUAAAAAUGAAAUUUAUUCUAUUUCCUCUACGAAAAACUGAUAACCAAACAAAAAAUAAUGUGGAAGAAUAUCCAUCAAAAAAUAGUCAUGAAAACAAUAGACAGCUUAAUAUUAUCGCAAGAACUAUACCAGAUAAGAAAGUUGCUAUCGAAUGGCUUCAAGAAUUAAUUGAUUUAGGAUUUCAGUUAAACUAUAAGAUUAUUCUUGAUAUUUUUCAACUUUUUGAACCUAGAUUAAACGAUGUUAGUAAGUUUUUAAUCAAUUCUUUUAUAGAGAUUAAAAAGGAAAAACAAGAAGAUUUGUUACGUAAAUAUCUAAAGAAAAUGAUGAAUUCUACUUAUAAACCUAAUAAUACAAUUGUACAAGAGUUUAUUUACACAAAUUUACCUAGAACACCUGAUAAGGAAUUUGCAAAUGAAUUUAGUAAAUAUUCAAAAGCUAUACUUAUGAAUUAA